AUGAACAAGUUCUCUCAACUGACUCAAAAUGUUUGUCUCACCCAGAAGAUGGAGCUCCCGAAGGUCUUCUCUGGCCAACGGACAUUCCUAUUUGCCAUCCUCAACCUGCUAUCACUCAGCUUCUCCACAGCAUCCCUGCUCAGCAACUCCUGGUUUGUGGACACACAGAAGGUGCCCAAGCCCCUGUGCAGAGAAAGUCUGGCAACCAAGUGCUUUGACCUGCCAGUGCCCUUGGAUGGGGGCGACAGCGGCGACGGCAGCACAUCAUCCCAGGAGGUGGUGCAAUGCAGCUGGGAGACUGGGGAUGACCUCUUCUCCUGCCAUACCUUCCGGAGUGGCAUGUGGCUAUCCUCCUGUGAGGAAACUGUGGAAGAACCAGGGGAGGAAUACCGAAGUUCCACUGAACUCACACCACCAACCAAGAGAGAGAACCUAUGGCUAUUGCUGGGAGCCCAAUUUGCCUGCAACAGACUUGAACUCGUCGCUUUCCUCCUCCUAUUAAUGGACCUGCUGUUCACCGGGAACCCGGGCUGCAGGCUCAAGCUGAACACCUUUGCCGCUAUCUCCUCUGUCAUGUCAGGCCUCCUGGGGAUGGGGGCCCACAUGAUGUAUUCACGAGUCUUCCAGGCAAUGGUCAACUUGGGUCCAGAAGACUGGAGGUCACAUGCUUGA